AUGGCCGACAAAGCGAACUCCAAUCUGCUCCGCUUGGCGUUGCAGGUCCAACAAACGGCAACGCAAAUCGUGGAGGGUCUUUCUUCGAAUGGUCUGCCCGAGCCAACCUUCGAACCUUCAUCCGAGAGCAUUCCAGAGACGACCCAGUUCGCCAGCCUACGUACUGCUUUGAACGACGCUGCUCAUGACCUACUGAGGCUCGUCAACGGUCCGAAGACGGAGGUUCGUAACCUGAUUUGUACCCUGUACGACCUAGCGGCCUGGCAAGUUGCAUGCGAGUUCCGAUUCUUCGAUGCUAUUCCGGAGAGCGGAUGCGCCGAGCUAAAAGAGAUAUCCAAGGCUGUCGGCCUUGACGAAGAAAGAGUCGGCAGAUUCCUAAGGAUUCUAGCAACGGACCGGGUGUUUGAGGAGGUGAAGCCCGAUGUCUUCAAGCACACUUCGAGGAGCGUCCUUUAUGUGAGAGACCAACAUAUGCGAGAUGCGGUCCACUAUCAGUUGGAUGAAUUCUUCAUGGCGGUUCCGGAAACAUCGGCCAGCCUCAGAGCAUCUCCCCUCGCAUUCAGCCGCUCCACCAAUCCGUUCGUAACUCGGCAUGGCUCCGAGAUGUUUCAGUUCUAUCGGCAGGACCCUAAACGAGCAAGCCGAUUUGCGAGUGCCAUGGCCGGCAUUGGCAAGAUGGAACGACAAUUCGAGGAUUUGAGAGAUAGCUACCCAUGGAAUGAAGUCACCGCAGGUAAAGUCGUUGAUGUAGGCGGAGGAAACGGACACAUGAGCAUUGCACUCGCCCGCUCAUUCCCGAAUCUUCAAAUGGUCGUCCAAGACUCACUCUCGAUGCUAGCCCAAGCCUCGAGCAACGACAUUUCGGACUUGAACGGCAGAGUCGCAUUCAUGCAGCACAGCUUCUUCGAACCUGAGCCUAUUGCCGGCGCAGCGGCAUAUCUGCUUCGAUACGUUACACACAACUGGGACGACCAAGACUGCAUCCGCAUCUUCAAAGCUCUGGUGCCCGCGCUAGAACAGAGCGCUCCUCAGACGCCUCUCCUGAUUAACGACAUUGUGUUGCCCACAGCCGGAGAGACGACUCUCUACCAGGAGCGCCGCCUGCGGCAAGUCGACAUCAUGAUGAUGGUCGUGUUGGGCGCGAAGCAGAGGACGGAAGCCGACUUUCGCGGCCUUCUCAAAUCGGCGGAUUCUAGAUAUCGAGUUAAGGAUAUCCACGGGACGGGAGAUAUGAAGCUGCUCGAGGUGGUUUUGGAUAUCUAA